CUCACCCACGCUUCACCCACGCUCUUCAACGCUGGCACUAACCGCCCCCAGCUCUCAAGCUGCUUCCUGCUGACCAUGAAGGAUGACAGCAUCGAGGGCAUCUACGACACGCUCAAGCAGUGUGCCCUAAUCUCCAAGUCCGCCGGGGGCAUCGGCCUGGCGGUCAGCUGCAUCCGGGCCACAGGCAGCUACAUAGCCGGGACGAACGGCAACUCCAACGGACUGCUGCCCAUGCUGCGCGUCUACAACAACACGGCACGAUACGUCGACCAGGGCGGCAACAAGCGCCCCGGGGCAUUUGCCAUCUACUUGGAGCCUUGGCACAUGGACAUUUUUGACUUCCUGGACCUCAAGAAGAACACCGGCAAGGAGGAGCAGAGGGCUCGAGACCUCUUCUACGCUCUCUGGGUGCCCGACCUCUUCAUGAGGAGGGUGGAGAGCAACGAGGACUGGUCCCUGAUGUGCCCCCACGAAUGCCCGGGGCUGAACGACACGUGGGGAGAGGAAUUUGAAAAGCUCUACGAGAACUACGAGCGAGCGGGCAAGGCACGCCGUGUGGUGAAGGCCCAGCAGCUGUGGUACGCGGUGAUGGAGUCCCAGACCGAGACGGGCACCCCCUAUAUGCUCUACAAGGACGCCUGCAACCGCAAGAGCAACCAGCGCAACCUGGGCACCAUCCGUUGCAGCAACCUGUGCACGGAGGUGGUGCAGUUUACCAGCGCCGACGAGGUGGCCGUGUGCAACCUGGCAUCGCUGGCGCUCAACAUGUACGUGACUCCGGAGAAAACUUUUGACUUCUGCAAGCUUGCGGAGGUGACGGCUGUCAUCGUUCGCAACCUCAACAAAAUCAUCGACCUCAACUUCUACCCCGUGCCCGAGGCGGCGCUGUCCAACAAAAGGCACCGGCCAAUCGGGAUCGGCGUGCAGGGCUUGGCGGACGCCUUCAUCCUCAUGCGGUUGCCCUUCGAGAGCCCCGCCGCACAGCUGCUGAACCGGCAGAUCUUCGAGACGGUCUACCACGCAGCGCUGGGCGCCAGCUGUGAGCUGGCGCGCCUCCUGGGCCCCUACGACACCUACGCAGGCUCGCCCGUCAGCCAGGGGAUCCUGCAGUACGACAUGUGGGACGUGACCCCCACUGACCUUUGUGACUGGGCGUCCCUCAAGAAGAAGAUCGCACAGUACGGGGUGCGGAACAGCCUGCUGAUCGCUCCGAUGCCAACAGCGUCCACGGCACAGAUUCUGGGCAACAACGAGUCGAUCGAGCCGUACACAAGCAACAUCUACACACGGCGGGUUCUCUCCGGAGAGUUCCAGGUCGUGAACCCACACCUGCUGAAGGACCUCACGGAGCGCGGCCUGUGGAGCGAGGAGAUGAAAAACCAGCUGAUCGCUCACAACGGCUCCGUACAGAACAUCGCCGGCAUCCCAGACGACGUCAAGGAGCUCUACAAGACCGUCUGGGAGAUCUCGCAGAAGACCAUCAUCAAGAUGGCCGCCGAUCGUGGAGCCUUCAUUGACCAGAGCCAGUCGCUGAACAUUCACGUUGCAGAGCCCAACUACGGCAAGCUCACCAGCAUGCACUUCUACGGCUGGAAGCAGGGGCUGAAGACCGGCAUGUACUACCUCCGCACCAAGGCAGCCGCCAGCCCCAUCCAGUUCACCCUGGACAAGGAGAUGCUGAGAGCCACCGACGCCGCCGACGCCGCCGCCGCCGGCGUUGGCGACGUCACCGCGGCCGAGGCGAACUUGGCAGCGAUGGUGUGCUCCCUGGACAACAAGGAAUCCUGUCUCAUGUGCAGCUCCUAGCACCGUCUCUGUCUCUCCUAGCCCUGUCUCUCUCUGUCUCAUGUGCAGCUCCUAGCCCUGUCUCUCUGUCUGUGUCCUAGCCCUGUCUCUCUCUGUGUCCUAGCCCUGUCUCUCUCUGUCUCUCCUAGCCCUGUCUAUGUCUCUCCUAGCCCUGUCUCAUGUGCAGCUCCUAGCCCUGUCUGUGUCUGUGACCUAGCCCUGUCUCUCUCUGUGUCCUAGCCCUGUCUCUCUCUGUCUCUCCUAGCCCUGUCUAUGUCUCUCCUAGCCCUGUCUCAUGUGCAGCUCCUAGCCCUGUCUCUGUCUGUGUCCUAGCCCUGUCUCUCUCUCUGUCUCUCCUAGCCCUGUCUCUCUGUCUCCCCUAGCCCUGUCUCAUGUGCAGCUCCUAGCCCUGUCUCAUGUGCAGCUCCUAGCCCUGUCUCUGUCUGUCUCUCCUAGCCCUGUCUCUCUCUGUGUCCAAGCCCUGUCUCUGUCUGUCUCUCCUAGCCCUGUCUCUCUCUGUGUCCUAGCCCUGUCUCUCUCUGUCUCUCCUAGCCCUGUCUAUGUCUCUCCUAGCCCUGUCUCAUGUGCAGCUCCUAGCCCUGUCUCUGUCUGUGUCCUAGCCCUGUCUCAUGUGCAGCUCCUAGCCCUGUCUCUCUGUCUGUCUCUCCUAGCCCUGUCUCAAGUGCAGCUCCUAGCCCUGUCUCUCUCUCUGUCUCUCCUAGCCCUGUCUCAUGUGCAGCUCCUAGCCCUGUCUCUGUCUGUGUCCUAGCCCUGUCUCUGUGUCCUAGCCCUGUCUCUGUCUGUGUCCUAGCCCUGUCUCUGUCUGUCUCCUAGCCC